AUGGCGCCCAAGGCGGAGAAGAAGCCGGCGGCGAAGAAGCCGGUGGAGGAGGAGCCCUCGGAGAAAGCGGCUCCGGCGGAUAAGGCCCCCGCGGGGAAGAAGCCCAAGGCGGAGAAGCGGCUCCCGGCGGGCAAGUCCGCCGGCAAGGAGGGCGGCGAGAAGAAGGGGAGGAAGAAGGGGAAGAAGAGCGUGGAGACCUACAAGAUCUACAUCUUCAAGGUCCUGAAGCAGGUGCACCCCGACAUCGGCAUCUCCUCCAAGGCCAUGUCCAUCAUGAACUCCUUCAUCAACGACAUCUUCGAGAAGCUCGCCGCGGAGGCCGCCAAGCUCGCCCGCUACAACAAGAAGCCCACCAUCACCUCCCGCGAGAUCCAGACCUCGGUCCGCCUCGUCCUCCCCGGGGAGCUCGCCAAGCACGCCGUCUCGGAGGGUACCAAGGCCGUCACCAAGUUCACCUCCUCUUAG